AUGAAGCUUUCUGUAUCGUCUUGCAAGGAGGCAGAGGAGAGUUUGCUCUCAUGUACGGCGCAGAUCAUGAACCAAGCGGUCGAGCUUCUUGGCUCGAGAUCGAUAAGCGACGAAGCAUAUACGUUUGAAAGCAAGAUUAUCGCGGGUUCGACGCCGGGCAAGCACUUUCGACAUGUGUUGGAUCACCUUCGCAUCCUCGUGGAUGCGAUCUACGACUGGCAAGUGCGCGUCAAGCAUGAGCCGAGGUCGAUCUUGCACGUCGACUACGAUUCGCGCAUGGCGUCCAAGCUGGCUUGUGUGGAAAUGUCAGUCUCGGCGUCUUUGCGCGAGUUUCAACGUACCACAGAACGACUAUACGACGUGUUUCGAGGAUCGGAUGGUGGACUAUAUCAUCAAUCGGUGCGAUUGUGCGCCACGACACCGUUCGUGGUCGAGAUGGAUAGCACGGUGGGCAGGGAACUCUGGUUCUGCGGACUGCACGCCAUCCACCACUACGCACUGGCCAGGGUGAUUCUGGUCAGGGAGCUCGACCUGAAGCGCAUCGAUGAUCAGUUUGGCGUUGCACCGAGCACGUUGGUGCAUCGAGAAUGGCGGAAGGAGUCGAAUCGCGCCGACGUUGCUCACGAUGCAGCUUUUCAUAGACGCCAAGUCGAGCCAGACACACAUCCACAGACGUCGAGCAGUGCUUCGAGAGGUGCCUUAAAGAGGCGCUCGAGUGGGCAGUCUGCAUCACAGCCCGGUCAUGUUUCUUGUGGUUAUGACCAGCAACUCAAGUCGAAGCUGUAG